UAUUGUAAAUAAUCUUAUAUUUAUGAGGACUACCAUAUUUGUUUAAAGAUAUACACACUACAAAAUCGAGAGGUAGUAAUAUCCGAAUGAACCUAUUCACAGAUACAAGGAAUAAAAUCUCGAUUAUGAAUGAAUAUAUGCUCCUCUCUCUCUAUAAUCAAUAAUGCAAUCUCCCUCAUUCAUUUCAUUUGAAGGUAAGACAUAAAUUUUCUCUCUAUACACCUCUACGUACAAAGUGUAUCUGAUCUUCACCUUUAUAGAGACAGGAUGAGUGUAUUUGAAAUGUGUGUGUAUAUAUAUAUAUAUGUGUGAGUGCAGGUAGGAAUAUAAUAUAUUAACUAAAGAAAAAAAAAAUAGGAGAAUGGACAAGAGAAUCAUCGUACUGUUGGGGCUAAGUAUGUGUAUCAGCGCCGCCAUGGCAAGUGGUGGUGGAAGAAGAAGUUAUCACUCGAAGACGAAACCGUACAGAAGAAAGCAAGAAGAAGUAGUGACGAAACUCCAUUUCUUCUUCCAUGACAAACUCUCAUCCCCAAACGCGACCGCCGUUCUAAUCGCGAAGCCCCAAAACCAGACAGCCAGCGAUUCUCCGACGCCGUUCGGGACCCUCUUCGCGCUGGACGACCCUCUGACCACUGGUCCCCACCCUUCCUCCCAACGCAUCGGAAACGCCAUGGGGAUGUACGUGUCGUCCGGACGAGAUCUACCCACUUUGACCGCCUUCUUUGACUUCGGUUUCACGGAGGGAGAAUUCAACGGCAGCUCCAUCAGCGUGUUCUCCAGGAAUCCCAUCACGGAUGACGUGAGGGAGCUCGCAGUUGUGGGAGCCCGAGGGAGCUUCCGUAUGGCCAGAGCCACCUCNNUUCUCAACACUCAUUCCGUUGAUCUGAAGACCGGCGAUGCUGUCGUCGAGUAUAACGUCACUGUUAUCCACUAUUGAAAGAAAAAAGGGCGUUUUCAUUUUAUUAAAAUUGAAUCGAUCCAAAAUAAAAUGUAAAGUAAUAUAAUGAUCCUUAUGGGGCUUGUGGUGGGUUUGGUG